UCCUCCAGAUCCCCGGUUUCCCCGAUCCCUGAGCCGGGGCCACGAUUGGCCAGCCUGUUCCUGUCUCUCACAAGGUACCCACCAAUCAGGCUGGCCAGCUCCUCCCUAGGGCCGUUUCUCUUUCAAGUUUCGUUUCCCCAGCUGUGAGAGAGGAAUUGGACUCUCAGCCUGGAGGCCCUGGCGGUGGGUCGGGGCGGUCUUGUACCCGAGCCUGGUAUUUCUUUCUUUUGGAACGAAUGGAGACCCUCAGCCCCAAGUCCCACGGAAUGGAGCUCCUGCCGUAUCAGUGGGAAGUGAUCCUUCCUGCCCUGGAGGGCAAGAACAUCAUCAUAUGGCUCCCUACUGGUGCUGGAAAGACCAGAGCUGCUGCUUAUGUGGCCAAGAGGCACCUGGACAUGAUGGAUGGGGCUAAAGUAGCUGUGCUCGUCAACAAGGUGCACCUGGUGAGCCAGCACGAGAAGGAGUUCCGUCAGAUGCUGGGCCCCCAGUGGACUAUUGUCACAAUGAGUGGGGACAGAGGACCUCGGGCUGGCUUUGGACACAUGGUCCGCUGCACAGACCUUGUCAUCUGCACAGCUGAACUGCUUCGGCUGGCCCUGAUCAGUACUGAGGAAGAAGAGCAUGUGGAGCUCAGUGCCUUCUCCCUGCUGAUAGUAGACGAAUGUCACCACACCCAAAAGGAUUCUGUCUACAAUGUCAUCUUGAGCCACUAUCUGGAAAGAAAACUUCAAGGGGCCACAGCCCUGCCCCAAGUGCUGGGUCUCACAGCUUCGCCUGGAACAGGGGGAGCCUCCACGUUGGAGGGGGCCAAAAACCACAUCCUACAGCUCUGUGCCAACCUGGACACCUGCCACAUCUCAUCACCCCAGAGGUAUUAUGAGCAGCUGGAGGAGCACAGUUCCCGGCCCUGCAAGCGCUAUGACCUGAGCCAAGAACGGAAUCCGGACCCAUUUGGAGACCUGCUGAAAAAGCUCAUGGAUGAAAUCCAGGACAGACUCGAGAUGCCCGAGCUGAGCCGGGACUUUGGGAGCCAGAACUAUGAGCAGCAGGUGGUUGAGCUGAGCAACAAAGCCGCCGAGCAAGGCCACCUCCAGCGGCGGGUGUUCGCUAUGCACCUCCGGCGGUACAACGACGCGCUGCUCACCCACAGCACCGUCCGCGCAGUGGAUGCCCUGACCUCGCUGGCGAGCUUCUACACCGAGGAGCAGAUGGCCAAGGUUGGGGUCCUCCCUGCGGAGCGCUGGCUGCUCCAGCUCUUUGACAGGCACAAGGAGGCGCUGGCUUUAUUGGCCAGCGAUGCCCAAUUUGAAAAUCCAAAGCUUAAGGACCUGGAGGAUAUUCUGGAAGAGCUAUUCAGUAGCCCCGACCCCUCCCGGGGCAUCAUCUUUGCCCGGACCCGGCGGAGUGCCCGUGCCCUGGUCCUCUGGCUCCAGGAGCAGCCCAGACUUCAGCGGCUGGGCAUCAAGGCCCACGUGCUCACUGGGGCUGGCAACAGCAGCCAGAUCACCCACAUGACCCAGACGGAGCAGCGGGAGGUGAUCCAGAGAUUCCGGGAGGGCACCCUCAACCUCCUGGUGGCCACCAGCGUGGCCGAGGAGGGGCUGGACAUUCCUCAGUGUAACAUGAUAGUGCGCUACGACCUCCUCACUAAUGAAAUUUCGAUGAUGCAGGCAAGGGGCAGAGCCCGGGCCAGCCAGAGCAUGUACUCCUUUGUGGCGGGCCAAGGGAGCAAGGAGCUGCAUCGGGAAAUGACCAACGAGGCGCUGGAGGCCUUGAUGAGGCAGGCUGUGUCCGCAGUACAGAGAAUGGAAGAAAAGGAGUACAAAACGACGAUUGUGAGCCUGCAGCUGGAGGCCGUGAGCCAGCGCAAGGCCCAGGCUGCUAAGAAGAUGGCCAAGAAGAUGGAGUUCCAGGCAGCCGCAGUGAGACUCCUUUGUACCAACUGUGCCGAGCCCGUGGGCUACGGCAGUGACCUGCGGAAGGUGGAGGGCACACACCAUGUCAAUGUGAACCCCGACUUCAUCAUCUACUAUAAGACUUCCCUCAGACCUGUGGCCAUUGACCGAACCUUCAAAGACUGGUAUCCCGGAGGUACCAUUAGCUGCAGGAAAUGCGGAGAGGCUUGGGGUCUGGAGAUGAUCUAUAAGUCGGUAAAUCUGCCUGUCCUGAACAUCCGGAGCCUGGUGUUAGAGACCCCCCAAGGACGGCGGAAGGUGAGCCAGUGGUCCAAGGUGCCCUUCCAGGUGGCCGACUUGGAUUAUGUCCAGGACUGUGUCUCCCAGCUGACCCAAGAAACAACCAACUGAAGUGGCUUCAGCUCAUCAACCACUGUCCAAGAGAGACUUGAAGGAAGCAGAGAAUCCAAGAAGCAGAGGAAAAAAGGGAGAGCAUUCCCCAGCACAGGAGACUUGGCCAGUGAAAAUGGCGGCAUCAGGGUCAGCUGGACGGCUCCAUAGAUAGAGAGCCCUCUCUAAAGACAGAAGGGAGACUAGAGACCCGCAUGGGGCGUCUGAACAGUUCUCGUUCAUCAGCACAGACUCCUCUGUUUUCUUUUACUUCUGAAUAAACAAUUGGGUUUUGUUU